AUGCCUCAAGAUGCGCUCGGCUUCAGCGCGCAUCUGCCGCCUUUGUCUGUUGAGGUCCUGGUGGCUCCGAGCUGGUGGAGGCUUCGCCUGGCUUUGGCGCUGCAGGAGGCCGCAGCCGUACCUGUUGGGUGGACCCAGGAAGAGCGUGCAGCGUUGGUGCCUGAUCUAGGGACUGGCUUCCUCAACAAGGACUACUGGUGCCGCUGUGCUGAAAGCGUGCGCAGCUGCCUUCUUGCCAAAGGCCUGAGCAAAAGCGAAGCCGAAGAAAGGGCACAGGCUGCUGUAUGCAGGGCCUUGCCAAGCGUCGCCAGCGAGUUCCUGGCGUCCAUUUUUGGUGCAGAAGAGAUGCUCCAACGAGGCGGUGCGGCCGUUGCUGCCCAGAAAGCCGUGGCCAAGAGCUCUGGGGCGUCAGAUCACUUCGGCUUGGCCCCGCUGCCGAUGCAAAUGACGCGAAGCCUCCUGUGCUGGCUGGAACACCCGCAAGUGCACAAGGUGCUGCCGGAUGAGGACUUCGAUGUGAAGGGCCUGACUUGGCUCCUGAAUUUCCUCGAGGACGUCGAGGACAUAGGGGAGUGUAGUGAGGAGGAUGUGGCAAUGGUGCUACAGGCUAAGAAAGGCUCGAGGCAGCUCCUGCAUGCAGCGGCUCGCGUGCGGCGGAUGGUGGCGAGCUAUGCGCGAGGCCUAGUCCUGGACGUCCUUGCAAAGCCGUCGGCUCUGGUCUCCUCGGCGCUGCGAAGCCCUUCCGUGGCUCUCUAUGCUGCGAAGGUGAUCCGGCAAAUGGGUGGCGACAUUGACUUGUGCCGCAUCGGGGCUUUCGCGCUGAAACCCGAAGGAGCCCACCUCGGCUGGUUUCCUUUGGAUGGGAGACGCCUUCCGAAUCUCAGCAACGACCUCCCGGAUCCUUUCGUGCAUUUUGCUCCACUUCAACGCAGCGAGGAUGCGUUGAAGUGGUAUCUCGAAAUUUGCGGCGCUGUGGGAGCGGUGGCCAGCUCCUCGAGGGCCACCAAGGACGAGUUUGACCAGGCAGUUCAGAGAGCAUGCCAAUCCCAUCUUGGCAAGUGGGCCCGCGGCAAAGCCUUUGGAAGAUCAGUUCUGGCAUGCAUCGUUUCGCGUGUGCUGCUGAAUCGUCAGGUGGCCGUGGCCGAGGGCCUGGAGGUGCUGCGAGACUGGGUCAGCGAGAACCUCGACACCGAGAAGGCUGCCAGGCACAGGAACCGAAGCAUGCUGGCGAAUCGCAUGUUCUCUGGGCUCCUUCCACAUUUGCAGGAAGUGACGGAGGAAGCCGAUUCGACGAACGUGAACCCGAGGAAGUUCCGGAAGUUUCUUGAGCAGCUCGCGCACCACCUGGCACUGCUUGUGCUGGGGGCCGGGACGCAGUCAGCGGGUUGGCUGGAGCAUGUCCUGACCAACCCGGGUGAAGCUCAGCGAUCCUACUGGCCCACCAUGCCAGACAGUGAGGAAGCGGCGGUGGUGGGAGCCAUGGGCUAUGUGGGCUGGUACACUUGCCCGAAUGGACAUCCCUACUCCGUCGGUGAGUGCACCAGGCCAAUGCAGAAGGGCAUUUGCCCAGCUCCUGGCUGUGGUGCGCCGAUCGGCGGAGAGCAUCAUCAGAACGUGCAGGGCGUCCGCACCAUCAACGAGGAUCGCCUUCUGAGGCACCGAUCGCAGCCUGGUUAUAUUGCAGCAACGAGCGAGCUGGUGGACCAGACCGUUGUCAACCAAUUCAAGCGACAGCUGAACAUGCGUGGCCUCAAAGCUAUGCGCCUGGUGCUACGCGUGGCACUCUGGGUCUGGCCCGGCAGCCCAAAGUCAGUCAGAUCAGACUCUCCAUCUCUACUUGAGAGAUCUUGCUUCUACCGGGGUGUCUAUUCUUCAGCACGGUGGCAAGAGAUGCAGCACAUUCCAAUUUUGCAGUCUCAGACCGACGCAUUGAAUCGAUUGGCCGUUGAGUCUCCAGUCGACCUGCGAGACGAAUUUUCCUUCGCUGCAAGCCAGAGCAAGCCCUACUUGCUGAUCACAGUAUUGCUGAGUGUCGCCGUGCUAUGA